CUCAAUCAAUCGACGGCUGGCUGGCCGACCCGACUCGUGCAGCUAGCUAGCUACGCAGCCCGCCACAGAUAAAGGAUCUACCUAUCGGUCACUCACGCGCACACACGUCUCCCUCUCCCUCUCCCUCUCGCUCACACCAACACCCACACCCACACCCAUAGACACAGACACAGACAUCCAUCUACAUCUGCAAGCAAGCACCUGUCCGUCUGUCCGUCUGUCUGUCUGUCUAAGCGAGUCCGGAUGCACUGAGCGCUUGCUUGACCUGGGGCGUGGCGUGCGCGUCGAGCAGCGCCUGGAAAUCCUGACACGACGGCAGCACCUGAUGCUGAUGCUGCUGGUGCUGGCCUGACGACAGCAACGCCUUCAAGAACUCUGCCAAUCGCCGGAAGAACGCCUGAAGGGCCGCUGAUACGAUACACACCCACCACACACAUGACGAACCACGUGGCGACUGACUCUUGUCUUUUCAUGCCCCGCUUGCUUACGCGCAUCGUCAUCGCUUGUGAGUAUCUGCGCCAUCACCCCGCCCUGGCCGUCCGCCUGACCCACCAGCCCCGCCCUAGUCCCCCGCUGCUGCCGCACACUCCUCGGCAGCCUGCUGGUGGAGAAGCCGCCCUGCCGCCGGCUCUCCAUGGCGUUGCGCAGAAAGUUCAUAAUGUUGCUCUGCUGGCUGUCUUUGGCGCGGUUGGCAUCGCGCUGCUCGAGCAUGGUGGCGCAGCAAGCCAGCAGCUCCUGCAGCAGGGCCAGCCAAAGGUGCGGAGGGGAGGAGGGGCAGAGGAAAGUGGAUGGGGCGGGGUGGUGGGUGGGGGCGAGGUGCUGCUGAUGGUGCUGGUGGGGGUGGUGCUGAUGGUGCUGGUGGUGGGCUGAGAGAAGGGUGGAUAAGAUCAGCUGCAGUUUGCCGCAGCGGAGCAGUGUGGGGCGCUGAAAGAGCCUGCAGGUCAGGUGUGUAGGUAAAGGCAGACAGGGAGGGAGACAGACAGACAGACGUGUGUGUCGGCCUACAGACAGAAACAGUGUGCGCGUGUGGGUACGUGGUGUACCUGAAGCAUGCGAGUAGCACAGCGGCAACCUCCAGCCUGGAGAACUCCAUCGCACCCAACGCCUCACCAUACUGACACACACACGCCCACACCACACCACACCCAUACCCACGACCCAUAUAUCCACAGCCACAUCACAGCCAUCUACCCACCCCACCACCCACCCUCACGUAUGUACCUCUGUGGAACAGCUCUGGCUCCACGUCACGAACAGCGGCACCAGAGCGGCAUACCUCCGCUCCCCUCUAGCAAUCCCCCCCACCUUCAGCCCAGCCACCACCCUCUCCCUGUCAUCCCCACUUCGUCUCGGUGGCUGCAGGGGGGGCGGUGGCCGCACUGUGCUGCCAUUGAGCAGGGGAGUGGGUGUCUGAGUGGGGGGGUGGGGGGACGGCAUAGGUGUGGGGGUGGGGGAGGUGCCUGCCUGGAUGGCGGCCUUGAUGAAGUGCUGGUACAGAGAGAGGACGCACAGAUGCAGCUUCUGCUGCUGCUGCUGCUGAGUCUGCGAGGGGGAGGGGAGCAUGGGCAGGGCCAUCACGAGCAGCUGCAACAGCCGAUACACCCGCUCCUCGUAGGGCUCCUCCCUUGCGUGAGCCAAUAUGUGUGUGCAGACGUCCAGCAGCGAACCAAACACCCCCGGCAGCUCCUCAAGUGCGCUGGGCUGUGGCGUGACCUGGCAGCGGUGGCUGAGGAAGGCCAGCACGUCGAUCAAGGACAGCUCGAUCCACACGUCGAGGACCGUCUCGAGCAGGCUGCCCGUGAAGGGCCGCUCGGACAGGUGCUGCUGCACCAGACGCGUGAAAACGCCCUUCAGGCUGGAAACCUGACCACAUCGAUCGACCCACACACAGGGUGUAUUUGUGUGUUAGUGCGUGCUGACCUGGUGGUCCUGGACGACUCGUGUGACGGCGAGGAGCAGCUGUGCACAGCUCUCAUCCAGAGCGCUGCUGCCGUCCACAGGGGGGUUUGUUGUUGAUAAUGCGGCCUCUGCAGACAGAGCACACACACGUCGCCAAGGCACCACACACAUACGCUACGGGCCCACACAACAAUUGCGUAUAGGUGGCUUGCUUACGUGUGGGGAUGGAGGACGGGGGUGGCUUCACGGUGCUGCUCAUCAAUGAGCUGCGUGAGCCGCCCAGCAAGCCGUCAGAGACCACCUAACCCACACGAACACACCACAGCCGCACACACACGAUGGGAUGGGGAGGGGAGACAGACAGACAGACAGACGCCGUUUAGCUACCGACCGACCUGUAGGCACGUGGCGAGCAGUUCAUCCGAGAGCAGGGUGGGGCUGUCCUUGCUGGGGCAGGCCAUCGUCACGAGCGACUUGAGCACGUCCACUAUCGCCGGCCGGAUCAUCGCCUGCAUAUCCGCCUGGCUGUGGGGGUCGCCGACGCUGCUGGGGUGGUGGUCGUGGGGUGUCUGCUGCUGCUGCUGCUGCCGCCACAGAGCAAGGAACUGGUCGAAGUGCGCUUUGGACAAGUCGGUGCGGCCGGUGAUGGACGCCUCGCUCAGGAGCUUCUGGAUGACCGCCAGACACCGCCACUGCGCCUCCGGAGACCUCACCUGCACACAACCACACACACACACAUACAUUACCCCUCUACAUCCCACCUCCCCCCCUUCCUCCGUACCAAUCUGAGAAGGUUCAGCCCGGUGCUUACGAACAGCUUCUGUCUGUCGCCCUGCACCCAGGCCUCAUAAUUGUCCAGCGGAUAGGCCACCAGCAGCAGCCGCAAAGGGGCCAGGGAGGCCAAAGCGACCGCCGUUGCAGCGGGGGAUGGCGCUUGUUGGGGUGUUUGGGGGGCGUGCUGAGGGGUGAUGGCCUGUGCGAGUGCGGCGAUGAUGUCUAGCGUGGUGCCGAGGGUGGACUCGUCCAUUGGGGCGGGGGAGGGGGUGGCCUCACUCAGCCACACCUGCACACACAUAGACACACACACCAGAGGGGAAAAGAUGCCUCUCUCUCUCUCUGUGCGUGUGUCGGUGUAGGUGUAGGUGUGUGCAUUGGAUUCGUGUGUAAGACCAGACCACCUCACAACCUCACUCACCUUGAUGAGGUUGGCCAGUCGCGUCUGUAUGAGUGGGUGUGGCUGCCUGGGCAGUAGCUGCAGCACCAGCUGUAUUAGAUCCCUGAAGGAUAUCUUCCCCAUCGCCUGCAGCUUCGCCUCCAGAAGCCCCGUCCAGCACAGCAACGCGUCCAUGCGGAACAGCACCGACUCGUCCCGCCCGCUCAGGUCGGCCUGCAGCAGGUCCCCUCUGAGACGCUGCACCACGUGCGACACUACCGACUCGUCAAAGGGCGCCUGAAACAAACGGACAGACAAUGAGAUGAGAUGAGAUGGAUGUGGGCGGGCUGGUGGGGUGGGGUUUUGCAGACAUAGAGACGUACAUUGGCAAUGUUGGUCAGCGCCCUUUCCGCGGCAUUUCGCGUCUCUGACGUGCCAUGUGCCUCACGUAUGCCCUCCUCGGGCUCAUCCAGGUACUCAGACGCCUAUGUCAUGUCGAACACAGCGAGAACAUCCAAACGAACGAACGGACAAACGUCUCCCUACUACCACCCCCUCCCCUCCCACCCCAGGUAGCGCACCUCGUGUGCAUUGAGUACCAGGCAUCUGUCGAGGAUGGCCUCGCCGAUCUGGGCAGGGCCCCCAUUGGCCUGCAGGAAGGCCUGCAGCUGCUCCUUGCACUUGGCAGCGGCUGCCAUGCCGGCCUCGCUCAGCUGGGACCGCUCAGCGGGCGGGAACCGGUAGCUGUGGCAAGAGAAGAUGUUGCUGAUCGAUAUGAUCGAUGACAAACAAACACGCAAGCAGGGCAGGCAGAUACAUACCAGGACGCACAGCGAGAAGGAGACAGAGUGAGGGAGAGUGAGAGUACGCACACACGAAACCCACGUACCCAAUGAGUAUGAGUAUGUGUCUGACGAGGUGGUCGGGCACAUCGGGCUGAGUCACGCGGCAAAACUUACCCAGCACACCACAUCGCACCGCACAUCAUGUCACAACGGUGGAUGGCCCCACAUCCCUCCCUCCCUCCCCACCUGCACAAGUUCCAGAGCGGUCCUGAGGAGGUCGCCCACAUUGAUGGCCGCCACCACAUAACACUGACCCUCAACCAAAUAGCACAUCCUACACACACACACACACACACGCUCCCCUCUGGCCUUCCCUCCCUCUCCCUCCCUCCCUCCCUCCCUCUCUGCUAACCACUUAAGUGCUGAUUUGACGUUUUUGAAGAACCACUGCUGGCUGGCGAGUAUGGCGGGGCGGUGCUUCCAGACCCGUAUGAGCAGCAGCAGCUUCUGGUACAUGAGCAGGGCCAGCUGCCCACCUGCGGCGUGGUCAUGGAGCUUUUCGAAGCAGUGCGUCAGCACCAGAUACAUCAGGCCGUCGAGAUAACGGGACGCCUUGACACACACACACACACACACACAGAGAGAGAGAAAGAGAGAGAGAGAGAUGGAGUGGAGCCAUGGAUGUGAUGUGCCUAGAAGGCCGUGUUGUGUUGUGCUGAUUUCCCCCGCCCCACCGACCUUCCAGACGCCAUCAGGCAGGUUGGUGAGGCUCGCUUCCCCGGCCUGCUGCAGUGCCUCAUUCUGGCGCAUCCACACCCGCCCCACACACUCGACGAGGGGCGGGCCCAGCUGGAAGGACUCCCGCCGAGACAUGAUAAGCCGCUUCGAGCCCUGCUCCUGCAGUGAAACAAAUAGAACGGCGCACACACAGCACAGAGAGGGGGAGGAGAGGGUGGGGGAGGGGAGGUGACGGGGGAGGGGACGGGAGGGUGAUCCGCCGGCCGACCUUCAGGACGCCGUGCAGGAGUGCGAUGUAGACGCAGUGCUCGUCGGAUAUCUCAGAGCUGUCGCACUCUGCACACACACAGGGAGAGAUGAGAUGAGUACGUGGGUGGGGAUGAGAUGAGUGCAUUCUCUCUCCUGCAAACGGCUGGGCUGGGUCCGAUCCCACUGACCGUUCAGUUUGGCGAUGAGUAGCUGCCCCAGCUGCGGCCACUUGCUGGGGAACUCAAAGCGACAUAUCCGACGAAUGAUCAAUGACAGCUGCACCAUACACACACACACACACACACACACACACAGAGAGAGAGAGAGAGAGAGGCAGUGAUGAGUGAGUGGGCAAUGUCCCGCCCCGCUCGGCCCGGCUCAUCUCACUGACUUCGACGAUGUGUGGCAGGUGGGUGACGCUGCCCUUCUGACCGUUCUGCAGGCCCCCUGCUGCAGUGGGUGGCGGCUCCUGCAGGAUGGUCACUAUGCUCUGCUUCAGCUGCUGCUUCUCGCCGUCCUGCAGCUGGUGGGAAGGCGCGUGACGAUUCUGACAGAGGAAAUGAAAUGCGCCAGGGUGAAUGGUAAAUGAAUGAGUGUCUGUGACUCAGUGAUUGAUUGGCUGACCUGCCAGUUCCUGUAGAUGACGUUCUUGCAGAGGACGAUGGCCAGCCAUCUGGACUUGGGGUCCACCGAGCCGUCGGCAUAGAUAUGGAAGAGCACCAGUGCCAAACCUGCCAUGCCCUCCAGCCGCUGCAACUCUUGCUCGGCCUGCACACAACACAACCGGCACACACACACACACACACACACACACACACAGAGAGAGAGAGAGAGAGGGGUGUAGAUCUGACGUAAGAUGAUGUUGUGCUCAUGAGCACCUCAUACACUCAUCUCACUCACAGGUUUGCGUAUGUUGCCGUCCUGUUGAAUGGACGCGUUGAGCGUCUGGAUGAGCAUCGCUCGCUGAUCCGCCGUACCUUCCAUCAUCACCUCACCCUGACUCACUCAACCGCGCCGCAGCCAAUGCCAAAGAUCUGAGCUAUAGCACAAUUAAGGUAGCAGGCAGGCUGCGACGGCAGAUGCACAGCGGUGCACAGCGUCGCUGCGGUUUUUCUUUGGAG